AUCUUCACACAGCACAGCUCCUUCCACUUUAAAAUCACCAGUAAGCGUUAACCUACAGCAGAGCGUUGGAACUCUUUAAAAACAGCAGAUUUAAACAGAAGAUUUCAAUUAUAUUGUGAAGACUUCUCAAGAUUUUUAUCAGCCUUCUCUGGUCCAACCAUCUUUUAAUAGUGAGAUGGGUCUCUCUGAGAAAAUAUUUUUUGGCCUUCUCUUACAAGAUGUUUUGUGUAGUGAUUGGUCCAUCAGACUUCCAGAGAAGAUCGAAGCUCUGAGUAAAUCCUGUGUGCUCAUAAAUUGUGCAUUCAAGAUUGAUGGACAAUUUGACAAAGACCUCACUAAGAGUGCUGCGGGAAUGUGGCUAAAAGAUGAACUUCAGAAAGAGAUUGUAGUGUUUGACUCCAGAUAUCCUAGUGAAAAACACUUUAAAGGGGAAAUAACUGGAAAAUUACAAGAGAAGAACUGCACCACAAUCUUUACUGACAUUAGUUCAAAUCACAAUGGAAAAUAUUACUUCAGGAUUGAGGGUAAUGGUGGACUGAAAUAUACCUACAGAACAGGCUAUGUCACUAUAAAUGUCAUUGAAUCUCCUGAUAAACCCACAGUGAAGUUGUAUGUGGAUCAGAUGGAGGUGCAGAGUCAUCAGGAGGUGUUGGAGGGGAGCUCUGUGAAUCUGUACUGCUUUGCUGAGACUCUCUGCUCCUCUCCUCCAGCAACUCUCACAUGGAGCUCCACUCACAGACUCCCCCUCAGUCUACAGGAGCAGCAGAAUCAAACUGAACUCAUCUCUCAUCUCAACUUCACUGCUACUCAUCUUCAACAUACAGUCACUUUCACCUGCACUGUCACCUACCAGCUACAGGACAACAAUAAAACAGCACAGGAGUCCCUAAAGCUGCAUGUUCAGUAUUCUCCUAAAAACACAUCAGUGUCUGUGUUUCCCCCUGACUCUGUGUUGGAGGGCAGUUCAGUGAAUCUGACCUGCAGCAGUGAAGCAAAUCCAGCAGUGAUCAACUACACCUGGUACAGAGAAAAUGAAGGACAGUUAGAACAGCUGCAGACUGGAGAAAUUCUCAUCUUCAAGAAGAUCAAGUCAACACAUAGAAGCUGGUAUUACUGUGUAGCUCAGAACAAACAUGGCACCCAGAACUCAUCAGUGCUGCUGGAUGUUCAAUUUGCUCCCCAAAUCUAUACUUCUUCAAGCAGUAACUGUAGGGAUAUCAUUUUUUAUUCAUGUGAGGUUGAUGGGAAUCCCUUUCCUAAACUGGAGUGGCGUCUGUCUGGACAUCCUCUCACUAACUCUACAAACACGUUGAUCAGUGAAGAGCGAUUGAGUAGCACAGUCUUGAGGAGCUCCAUCAGUCUACAUCACUCAGUUCCAGCAUACACAUCCACUCUGCAGUGUGUCACCACCAACACUCAUGGCACUAAAAGAAAAGAGUUUCAAAUCCAACAGACUGCAUGGUUUAAUAUUUACUCCCUGAUGAUUGGAGCUGCUGUUGGGGCUUCAGUUAUGGCGAUCUUAUGUAUCAUAACACACCUGUACAAAAGAUGGAUCUGCAAGAUAAGACGGGAAGACAAAAUGGGACUUGUUGUGACUGAUGGGGCUGUUUCACUGGAGAAUGAGGAGUCUGAUUAUGCCAAUAAAAUCAUGAUGUCACCUGCUGGAGCUGUCACACCGAAUCAUCCAGAAACCCUCCAUUAUUCCUCUUUUGACUUCAAAAAUACCAAACGGGAAUCAGGAGAGAUCAUAGGUAUCUCCUCGCUUACUGCCGACUAUGCUGUGGUCCAAUAUGGUCAAACCAUGGCAGGCAGCGAGGCUAAGAUCAGAUCAAAUACAACAUAUGAAUUUACCACCCAUAUCCAGGUUGCUUCUGCAGCAAACAAAGCUUCUGACAUUUAUGCACAAAUACAAAAACCUCACAAAAUCUCCUCAUAUCCCAUAGUGAAGUUGUAUGUGGAUCAGAUGGAGGUGCAGAGUCAUCAGGAGGUGUUGGAGGGGAGCUCUGUGAGUCUGUACUGCUCUGCUGAGACUCGCUGCUCCUCUCCUCCAGCAACUCUCACAUGGAGCUCCACUCACAGACUCCCCCUCAGUCUACAGGAGCAGCAGAGUCAAACUGAACUCAUCUCUCAUCUCAACUUCACUGCUACUCAUCUUCAACACACAGUCACUUUCACCUGCACUGUCACCUACCAGCUACACUGUAACAGAGCUGAUUUAACUGAAGUGUGUUUCUGUGAGGUUGAUGGGAAGCCCUUUCCUAAACUGGAGUGGCAUCUGUCUGGACGUCCUGUCUCUUACUCUACAAACACGUUGAUCAGUGGGCGCUUAGAAGCCUUCCUGGGGUUCUUGGUCACGGACCGUGAGACGGGGGGCAUCAACUUCCUGCGGGGAGCUGUACGCCAGGGCCGAGCUGUUGGCUCAGGCUGCAGUGGAGCCGAUGUUGCCGCCGCAGGAGGAUCGCCAUGGCAAUGGGCAGACAGGAGGAAGUCCUGGACAGACAUGAUGAUAAAGGAAUUUGAUGCUAGUCUGUAUAUUGUGUUACUGAUUCUCUUCACACAGCACCGUUUUGCUCAGUGUCAAAUCAUCAGCAGGUGUGAAGUUGUAUGUGAACAGAUGGAUGUGCAGAGUCAUCAGGAGGUGUUGAAGGGGAGCUCAGUGAGUCUGUACUGCUCUGCUGAGACUCUCUGCUCCUCUCCUCCAGCAACUCUCACAUGGAGCUCCACUCACAGACUACAGGAACAGCAGAGUCAAACUGAACUAAUCUCUUAUCUCAACUUCACUGCUACUCACCUUCAACAUACAGUCACUUUCACCUGCACUAUCACCUACCAGCUACAGGACAACAACAAAACAGCACACAACCUCACAUUACAUGUUACAUAUGCACACAAAAUCUUUCUCUCAUCCAGCUGUAACAGAGCUAAUGUCACUGAUGUGUGUUUAUAUGAGGUUGAUGGGAAUCCCUUUCCUAAACUGGAGUGGCGUCUAUCUGGACGUCUUCACUCUGCAUUCCCCUCUGAGGCUUCCAAGGUGGCCUAUGUCAUCACCCUGCUGACUGGAUGGGCCCAUGAGUGGGGAACUGCAGUGUGGGAUGCUCAGGCCUCCUUCUGUUCCAGUUUUACUUCAUUUUCAGCUAAUAUGAAGAAGAUCUUAGACUGUUCUCUCCGGGGCAUGGAGGCCACUUGCCAGCUGUAUGACAUCAAACAGGGGGAGCAUUCUGUCUCGGACUUCGCAAUCGGAUUUUCGCAAUUGGACUUAGCGGCUUCUGGGGAUUGGAACAAGGGUGCAUUGUGGGAUGCCUUCCUGUAUGGGCUCACCGACCACAUCCUUGAUGAAAUCUAUGCCUUGGAUCUACCACCACACUUUGAAGACCUGGUCAGCCUUGCUAUAAGGGUGGACAACAAGCAAGCACUAUGCCAGUGCCAUCGUGCUUCUCGGCCCUUUGGUGCUUGGGCAGGACCCCAAUGUUCUGGCUCUGCCUCUGCCUUUCCUGACCUACCUUCUGACUUUGAACCCAUGGAGGCCGGCUGGACUCGGUUGGCAAAGGAGGAGAGUCAGCGACAUCUUACUCUGGGACCGUAUUGUGGAGUCUACAUCGACUCAGGGGCUGAGGGUAACUUCAUUGACUCUUCAUUGGCCAGACAUUUGGGUCUUCCAGUAACAGAUCUGGAUUUUUCUCUGGAUGCUAGCGGUCUGAGUGGCCAACCCCUGAAGAGAGUUACCCAAGCCUCCAUCCUGGUAGCCGGACUCAUUCACCCCUCCUCAUCGUCAGUGGGUGCAGGUUUCUUCUACGUGGAGAAGAAGGAUGGUUCGCUUCGGCACUGCAUUGACUAUCAAGGGCUGAACAACAUGACCAUCAAAAACAGGUAUCCCCUACCACUCAUGUCUACAGCCUUUGAGCUGUUGCAGGGAGUGGCCAUCUUCACGAAAUUGGACCUGCGCAACGCUUACCACUUGGUAUGCAUAAGGGAGAGGGAUGAGUGGAAGUUUAAUAUACCCACAGGACACUUUGAGUACCUGGUUAUGCCCUUUGGAUUGACUAAUGCCCCGGCCAUCUUCCAAGCUCUUGUGAAUGACGUGUUGAGAGAUAUGGUAAAUUACUUUGUCUUUGUGUAUCUGGAUGACAUACUGAUCUUCUCCCAGUCUCUCCAAGAACACACACAGCACAUCCGCCAGGUCCUCCAGAGGCUGCUUGAGAACCAACUCUUGGAGAAGUGUCAGUUCCAUGCACGGUCGGUUCCGUUCUUGGAGUUUUUUGUCUCCACUAAGGGAAUUCAAGUGGAUCCUGAUAAGGUGAGGGCUGUAUCCAGUUGGCCAACCCCAGACUCUCGCAAGUCACUGCAGAAGAUGGUGGUGGCGGCAGUGUCGUGGGAGAUCGAGGCUCGGGUCAGGAGAGUGGUUAGGACGGUCACCGCCCUGGAGGAGUGUCCAGAGGGUCUGCUGUUCAUCCCUGUGUCGGCCACCCUGUGGCACUCCUGGGAGGGGAGGUUCCAUGUGCUCUCUCACCAGUUUCCUGUCUCGUUUUUUAACCCGUUCCCUUUUGUCAGUCUGUUCCCAGACAAUUUCUCCUCUGACUGCUUCCAGGCAGCUACAGGAUCUUCACCUCCAAAGUCACGGCCCCUCUCCUCUGGUUUCCCAACCACCUGUUCUCUGCUGUGGAGUCACCUGCCUCUCUCCUGGGCCUCACUGCUUACCCUCAGCCCCUCACCCUACCCAGACCCCACCGGGCAAUCCACUCGACUUGCCAGCCAGUUCAGGUAUUUUAUGUCUAUGUCUUCAGAUGCCCCUAAAAACACAUCAGUGUCUGUGUUUCCCUCUGACUCUGUGUUGGAGGGCAGUUCAGUGAAUCAUGCCCCUAUAGACACGUCAAUAUCAGGGAUUCCAUCCAGAUCUGUGUUGGAGGGCAUUCCAGUGACUCUGACCUGCAACACUAAUGAAUACCCUGCAGUGAUCAAAUACACCUGGUGCAGAGAGAAUAAAUGUCAGUUUGAACUGCUUGAGACUGGAUAUAAUCUCACCUUCAGUGUAUCUACAAACAUUGUGCGGUAUUACUGUACAGCUCAAAACCAGCAUGGCAGACAAAACGCAUCAAUUUUACUGGAUGUUCAGUAUAAACCCAAAAUCUCGCUCUCGUCCAGCUGUAACAGAGCUGAUAUAACUGAAGUGUGUUUCUGUGAGGUUGAUAGGAAUCCCUUUCCUAAACUGGAGUGGCAUCUGUCUGGACAUCCUGUCACUAACUCUACAAACACGUACCUAAAUGAAGAGGGAUUGAGCAGAACAGCCGUGAGGCGCUCCAUCCCUCUACAUCACUCACUCACACACAGACCCACUCUGCAGUGUGUCACCACCAACACCCAUGGCAAUGAGAAACAGCUGUUUCACUUCAUUCAGGAGUCAACAGGUAUUUCACAGAUAUAUAAUUAUUUAAGCGGAUCUUUAUUGUGCUCAUCAUGUGAUUUUGGAAUGUCAAAAGGCUACAGUUCCACCCCUGAUCAUAUUAAGAUUAAUUCUCCCCUUGUAUGCUCUGACUGUUGGACAUGGGCUCUACAAAAUGCUCAGAAGGAGUCCAGCACAUAUGCUUCUCUACAACUCUCUGCUCAAAGCUUUGAGUAUGAGACUUUGAAUUUUAAGGAAGUACGCAUGAUGACAGAGACGGGCUAUAAAAGGCCACCAGAGCAACAGACCGGAGAGAGAGACCAGAGUCGCUACGAGUGUACUAAAGACUUUGCUGUGAAGCUGAAAAGCCAAUACCUUGUUGGCGAUCUUCAUGAAAGGAUGGACAUUUGGACAGUAGAGAAAACAAUUUUUCUCAGUUUUCUGUUGAAAGGUGUUUUGUGUAGUGAUUGGCACAUCAGUCUGCCAGACAAGAUUGAAGCUCUGAGUGGAUCCUGUGUGACCAUAAAGUGUGCAUUUGACAUUAAGAAAGACUAUUACCAAGACCUCACCCAGAGUGCUGCAGGACUGUGGCUUAAAGAUGAACCUAAUGAUAAUACAGUGUUUGACUCCAGAAAUCCUGGUGAAAAACACUUUAGAGGGGAAAUAACUGGAAAAUUACAAGAGAAGAACUGCACCACAAUCUUUACUGACAUUAGUUCAAAUCACAGUGGAAAAUAUUACUUCAGGAUUGAGGGUAAUGGUGGACUGAAAUAUACCUACACAACAGGCUAUGUCACUAUAAAUGUCAUUGAAUCUCCUGAUAAACCCACAGUGAAGUUGUAUGUGGAUCAGAUGGAGGUGCAGAGUCAUCAGGAGGUGUUGGAGGGGAGCUCUGUGAGUCUGUACUGCUUUGCUGAGACUCUCUGCUCCUCUCCUCCAGCAACUCUCACAUGGAGCUCCACUCACAGACUCCCCCUCAGUCUACAGGAGCAGCAGAAUCAAACUGAACUCAUCUCUCAUCUCAACUUCACUGCUACUCACCUUCAACACACAGUCACUUUCACCUGCACUGUCACCUACCAGCUACAGGACAACAAUAAAACAGCACAGGAGUCCCUAAAGCUGCAUGUUCAGUAUUCUCCUAAAAACACAUCAGUGUCUGUGUUUCCCCCUGACUCUGUGUUGGAGGGCAGUUCAGUGAAUCUGACCUGCAGCAGUGAAGCAAAUCCAGCAGUGAUCAACUACACCUGGUACAGAGAAAAUGAAGGAAAGUUGAAGCACCUGACCAGACAGACUGGAGAAACUCUCAUCUUCAAGAAGUUAAAGUCAAAACACACAGGCUUGUACAACUGUGUAGCUCAGAACAAACAUGGCUCUCAAAACUCAUCAGUGUUUCUCAAAAUUCAUUGUGAUACAAAAUUAUUUAAAAAAUCUCAGUUUGGUGGACGUCUGGCAUGUUUGAAUCCAACUGAUCGUGAGUACUCUUUUGACUCAGCAGUGCAUAAAUCAGACUCCAGAAUUAAUCUUUUUGUUAUAGACUCCAAACUGCUGCAAACAGUCAGGUCCACUCAAUAUCAUAAUGGAUUAAUAUCUGAUCAUGCCCUACUAUCACUGGAUCUAAAACUGAAGCUGGAAAAUGAUACUCCUAAAGACACGAAAAUAUCAGUGAUUCCAUCCCUACCUGUGUUGGAGGGCAGUUCAGUGACUUUGACUUGCAGCAGUGAUGCAAAUCCAGCAGUGAUCAACUACACCUGGUACAGAGACAAUGGAUCUCAGUUUGAACAACUUGAGACUGGAUAUAAUCUCACCUUCAGUGAAACUAACACUGCACACAGUGGUUGGUACUACUGCACAGCUCAAAACCAGCAUGGCAAACAAAAUGCAUCAGUUUUACUGGAUAUUCAGUAUGCACCCAAAAUCUCGCCCUCCUCCAGCUGUAACAGAGCUGAUGUAACUGAUGUGUGUUUCUGUGAGGUUGAUGGGAAUCCCUCUCAUAAACUGGAAUGGUAUCGGUCUGGACGUCCUGUCACUAACCUCACAAACACGUUCAUCUAUGAAGAGCGCUUGAGCAGCACAGUCUUUAGGAGCUCCAUCACUCUACAUGACUCAAUCACACACACAUCCACUCUGCAGUGUUCCACCACCAACACUCAUGGCACUGCCAGCAAACUGUUUCAACUGCUUCUGUAUCAUCAAGAGUCAGCAGAUUUCCACAUUUUCUCUUUGCUGGUUGGAGUUGCUGUUGGGGCUUCACUAAUAAUGUUCUUGUUUAUCAUUAUGCAUCUCUAUGCACGAAGAAAAAACAGCAGAUCAUCACAGAAGAGACAAGGAGAUACAACUGGACUCAUUUUGAUUGAUAGGGCUGUUUCACAGGAUGAGGAGGAGCCUGUGUAUGUCAAUAAAGUCAUGCUGUCACCUGGAGCCGCCACACUGAAUUGUCCAGAAUCCCUUCAAUAUUCCUCCAUUGACUUUACAAAAACCCAACCAGAGUCAGAAGAGAUCAGGGGCAUCUCCUCACUUACUGCUGAGUACGCUGUUGUCCGACAUUACUCUGUUGGCGUGUCAGGAGCAGAGAGCUCAGUAGAAGGUGCCGGCCAUCAGCACAACAGCAACAUUUCAACAUCUGUGAUGUAGUCCCAGAAAAAUCAAACCAUACCAGACAAGGAACCAUCAGAAGGCACAACAUAUGUAAAUAUCACCUAUGCUAAGAUUGCUCCCAGUGCAGCUAGAAAGCCACAAUUCAUCAUGAAUGUAGACCAAGUUACAAAAUAAGAUGUGUCUAAGAAAACUGACCCAGAUUUGCUCACACAGCCUGUUGAAGUUUCUGAUCUUUAUGUACAAGUGAAACAUUGCCAUCCAAAGAGCUAGAAAGAUAGGCUGCUUGCUUGCAUUAGUUACAAAUUUAAAGUACCAUUUCAUGCCACGACAGUACAUUCAUUUUUUUUUUUUUUACCCAAUUGAUAAUUAUAUGCCACAAAUACACUUUUAUGCACAACACAAGUCAUCAGAGCUCAUUUCAUGCUUGUAUUAUGCAGUGUUUUAAAAUGUUUAACCUUUUCAUGAGUAGGGUCUAAAUUCCCCUGCAGUGCCCCCUGGAGUGAGUUAUUUUUGCAUGUGACACUGCACAGCCGGUAGAGGGGGCAGAGUGUAGAUUAGUUUUGUGUGUGUGUGUGUGUGUGUGUGUGUGACAAGUGCUAAUAUAAACAAACUUGGCUGCGUGCUUUGGAUAAUCACGCUUGAGCAACAUGUUUUCACUGCGAGUAUACAAGUUUUAUGACCAGCAUAAGCAGCUUGUAACGUAACUGGCUGUUGCAGAAACACAUAUGUGUGAUGCUACUGUAGUAUUUUUAAAUCCUGGUAAGCAUGAAGACUCAGAGUUUCCAGAAGUUACAUUUCAGAGAUUUUCAGAGACCAGCAUAUUAACCCAUAGCACCCUCUUCUGGACAAUAAUCAAUAAUACAAAGACACAACAGCUACUCUGCGUGGCCCAGCUAUUUCCAUCACACAUAUAAUCAGUAAAUGUUAUAGCACAAGAUUUGGGAUCCAUGAAAAAGAAAAAAAAAGAAAAAAGAAAACUGCAACAACGUUCCUUUAGUAAAAAUAUUACAUUCUCAUUUCUCAUUGUGGCAACAUUUUUGCAAAAUGAAAUUAUGUGUUUUAUUACAUGUGUCACCGCAGUUUUAAGGUUAAAAGUUAAAUGUUCUUCCAAAAAGAAGAGGCUUUAAAGGUUAACACUCUAUGGAGUAUUAAGUGAACAAAACCUACCUCCAUUACCUAAAUCUUUCGCCUAAACCUAACCAAUUGUGUCAUAAAAAGCAAAUGUGAGAUGAUAGAGCAUUAUCCUUAAAAACCCCAUCUGUUUAUAUAUAUAUAUAUAUAUAUAAACAAAACUGACGUCCUAACCCUAAAUCCUGUACUUAAACCUAAGCCGAUUGUGUGAAAAAAGUGAGGUGAACAAAACAGAAAUCCCUGUACCCUAAACCUAACCGAUACUGUGAUAAUAACAAGUAAUGGGUUCGAAAAAAAAUUGCUUCAAUGUCAUAAGGUAGCAUUGUGUGAUAAACUGAGUGAAAAAGAGGUAUUUAUGAACUGUUAAUCUGCUGUUUUACUUGUGAUUUGUGUGAAAGUGAAAAAAGAAACCUCAUUGUUAUUGCACCUCUUGUGUUUAUUUCACCAGAAAACUGCUGUGAUAUGUUUAACGAGGCACGUAAAAUUAAUUUUGCAAAAAAUGUUAGUAUAGAACUGUUAUUCUAUGAAACCAGGUUGAUAUGCCAAAUCUUCUGAAGCUGCACAAAAGUCAAUCUGGCAACAAACAAAACAAAACAAAAAAUUCACGUUAUCAAGGUGCAUUGCAAUAUUAUUAAUAAUAAACAAUAGAAAAUUUUUAUAUGAAGAAAAAUGGUCAAUGAUACUGCCCUGCAGCAGUUAAGUUUGUAAUUUAGUUUAAUUCUAAAUGGACUUACCUUCCUAAAAAUAAAGAAAACUAACUACUCCAACAAGGCAAAACUAUACUUUUUUCUUCAGACAUUAGCAUUUAUUACAAUCAAAAAUUAUUAGGCUAUUAAUUUGCCGCUUAUUUGUUGGUGAUUUUCUUUGUUUCCUGUCCUGUCAUUUUCUUUUUCUUUUAUUUAUUUAUUUAUUUAUUUUUUGCUCUAGCACUGCCAUUUUUGUUCUGCAUGCCUUUAGCACUUUUUAAACUUUACAAAUAAAAUGUAUUAGUAAUAUAGUAUACACAUUGUAUGCUAACUGCUGCGCUGCGAUUAAGCAUUGAGAAGCAUCAACGCAAAUGUCAUUUUUUCGAUCAUGAUUUCUACAAAUUGUAAAACUGUAUUUUGUAUUUUGUAAAUUGAAAAUAAAAGCUAUAUUUGGG